AGGGCAGACGCUUCCCUGGCUGGACGUCUCGACGAUGGACAGGGAUCUCAGUGACGGUGACAGUGUGAUGGACCUCAGCUUCGAGGCCGAGAGUCCUCUGGCGCCCCCGGCUGAACUCCUGGAGAGGCUGCCCAGCUGUGACUGGCUUCUUCAAGGGGACAGAUGCCAGGUAUUCUUCCCACCUUCGGAGGCCCCGGGGAGGCCCCAGGAACAAAGGUGCUGGUCUUCGUUUCUGGAACACAGAGUCCCCGUGGUGACAGAGGAGGUGGCCCGGGAAGCCCUCCUCAGCUUCGUGGACUCCAAGUGCUGCUACGGCAGUGCGGCCGCCGGUGACCUCGUCAUCCUGGAGCUGAAGCAGCAGGUCCUGCGCAGGUAUCGACUAGAAACCUUCAGUGAAUCCAGGAUAAGUGAAUGGACUUUUCAGCCCUUUACCAACCACUCCGUGGAUGGGCCACAAAGAGGGACCUCCCCCAGGCUUUGGGACAUCAAGGUCCAGGUUCCCCCGAUGUUUCAGGAAGAUACCAGGAAGUUCCAAGUCCCUCACUCAUCAUUGGUCAAGGAAUGCUACAAGUGCCACGGGCAUGGGUGCUACAAGUGCAGCAGCUGCCACGGGGCCGGCACGGUGCGGUGCCCCUCGUGCAGCGGGGCCAAGCGCAGAGCCAGGCCCGCCCGGCGGUGUCAGAUGUGCUCGGGGUGCGGCAGGCAGAGAUGCAGCACAUGCUCAGGGAGGGGGAACAAGACCUGUGCCACCUGCAAGGGCGAGAAGAAACUGCUGCACUUCCUCCAGCUGGUCAUCGUGUGGAAGAACAGCCUGUUUGAGUUUGUGUCUGAGCACCAGCUGGACUGCCCUGGGGAGCUGCUUGCUAAAGCCAGAGGAGAGACGCUCUUUAAGGAUGAAAACACGAUGGUGUACCCCAUCGUGGACUUCCCCGUGCGGGAGAUCUCUCUGGCCUCCCAGCGGGGUAUCGCCGAGCACAGUGCUGCGCUGGCCUCCCGAGCCCGCGUCCUGCAGCAGCGCCAGACCAUUGAGCUGGUCCCCCUCACGGAAGUUCGUUACUGGUACCAAGGAAAGACUUACGUCUACUACAUCUAUGGCACCGACCACAAAGUGUACGUGGUGGAUUACCCAGAGAGGUACUGCUGUGGCUGCACCAUCAUCUGACAUCGCA